AUGUCUAAGACCACAUUCACCAUCGAAGGCCGAGGCCUCAAGCUCGAUAGUGCUGCGGAUGUCCAGGAGUUCAUCGCCACUAUCGAAGGCAUGGACGAACUUGAAAAUGUCAUCCUCAGUGGAAACACCUUCGGCGUCGAGGCCUGCCGUGCCCUUGCUGCUGCCCUUGCUAAAAAACCUUUGUUGAAGCUCGCCCAAUUCUCAGACAUUUUUACUGGUCGUCUUCGCUCAGAGAUUCCCGACUGCCUGGUCGCCUUUGGCGAUGCCUUGAAGGACAAGAAGCACCUCGUGGAACUCAAUUUGAGCGACAAUGCUUUCGGAGCAGCCGGCGUCCAUCCCUUGGUCGAAUUCCUCACCACCAAUAGAAACUUGCAGAUCUUGAAGCUCAACAACAAUGGAUUGGGUGUCACUGGAGGCAAGGUCCUUGCCGAGGCUUUGAUGACCGCACACCAUAAGAACGUCGCCGAGGGCAAAAAGUCGUCGUUGCGCGUCGUCAUUGCUGGACGCAACCGUCUCGAGAACGGCUCAAGCCCUGAUCUGGCCAAGGCUUUUGCUGCUCAUGGAACACUCACCCAUGUCGCCAUGCCCCAAAACGGAAUUCGCAUGGAGGGUAUCGAAGCUCUGGCUGCCGGGUUGACCAAGUGCCCUGGACUCGAGAUCUUGGAUUUGCAGGACAACACCUUUACCAAGCGUGGAUGCCGUGCCUUUGCGGCUGCUCUUCCCGCCUGGAAGGAAUUGAGGCGUCUCAAUUUUGGCGAAUGCUUGCUCUCCAACAGGGGCGCCAUUUUGCUGUCGCAUGCUCUCGCUCAGGGACAUAAUCCCAAGCUGGAGUCGAUCGAUUUUACUUAUGCCGAGAUGAGGGAAAACGCUGUCUUGGAGUUGGCCAGCGUCAUUUCUGCACAUCUCUCCAACUUGACCAAGCUGGAACUAAACGGUAACCAGGUUGAGGAGGAUAGCGCCGCUAUUGACGCUAUCCGCGAUGCACUCUCUCGACACGGCCACGAGGAUGCUUUGGGUGAUUUGGAUGACAUGGAGGAGCCUGACUCAGGUGAAGAAGAGGAAGAAGAGGAAGAAAAGGAAGAGGAGGGCGAAGAAGAGAAGGAGGAGGGAAAGAAAGUUGACGAUGAGCUGGCUAGGCUCGCUGCCAAGUUGGAGGUAUAG